AUGGCCGUCGCCGCGCCCUCGCCGACAAGCGGCAGCACAUCGCCGACGGGCGGCGGCACCUACUGGCGCGUCUUCGUCGCCUGCGCCUGCGUCAAAAUUCUUUUUUGGCCGAGCUACCACAGCACGGACUUCGAGGUGCACCGCAACUGGCUGGCGGUGACGGCGAGCACGCCGAUGGCCUACUGGUACGCGGACCAGCCGAAGCAGUCGCCGUGGACGUUGGACUACCCGCCGCUCUUCGGCGUCUUCGAGCGGUUCCUGAGCUACUUCGCGAAGCUGGCGGACCCGAUGAUCGUCGAGCCGCAGAACUUGGACUACGCGGCGUGGAGCUGCGUCGCGUUCCAGCGGUUCACGGUCGUCGCCGCGGAGCUCGCGUGCCUCGGCGGCGGCGUCGCCGUCGCGUCGGGCGGCGCGCCGGAGUUCGCCGUGCUCUUCGCGGGGCCGGGCCUCGCGUCGCUCUUCGUCGUGGACCACGUGCACUUCCAGUACAACGGCGUGUUCCUCGGAGUGCUCGCGUGCUGCGCCGGCUUCCUCGUAAAAGGCCAGCACGUCCGGGCCGCCGGCCGCCUCUUCCCCUUCGGGGACCGGGGCCUCGUCCACAGCUACUGGGCGCCCAACGCCUGGGCGCUCUACGCCUUUCUC